AUGAAGAAACAAGAUACAAAUAAUCCAUCUAGUAAUUUUGCUUUGUCUCAUUCAUUUUCACGACGACAAAUGACAAUGAUGAAGUCAUAUCUUGAUUCAUCAGUAUCUGCUGAAGUACCGCAAUCACCAUCAACCAUAAUAAAUCCUGCACGUUGUCUUCAUUGUGGAAAAUAUUAUUGUCAAAUUGAUUUUAUAUUUUCAUGGCUUUCACGUUAUGGUAAUUCAAAUGAUCAACAAUGUGUUGUCCAUCAGCACAUACAAGACAUUAUUUCCAAACGUUUGCCUUCAUCCGAUCCACAGAAUGUUUGUGAACAACGUUUACUUGAUUGGUAUAAUUCAAUGAAAAUAAAUUUACAAAACGAAUCAAUUCGUUUUUCUACACCAACUGUUACAAGCAGUUCGAUUUCUGGAUCAUUUCUUUCAAGCUCAUUAAUAAUAUCUCAUCAAGAUAAUAAUUCAGAUAAUUCAAUUGACUAUAACCAAUAUUUAUCAUCUCAAUCAAAUGGUUUUCCUCCGGAUGAACCAUUAUUCUCAUCAAAUGUUUGUAAUCGUUUAUCAUCAUCAACACCGACACAAACAUUUCAAACACAAAAUCGUGCUGGUUUAUAUCAAUUAUGUUCUAAUGGACGUUAUAUUAUAGCUGAUGAUUGGUGCCAAACAUAUAAAGGUCAUCGCUUAGCACAAUUUAUGCGUUGUCUAACAAUUUAUAAUCAAUACGAAGAACAAUGUGUAUUAAUGUUACCAGAAUUUAAUACAAUGACACAAAUGGAUUCUGUUCAAAGUAUGACAUGGCAUGAACAAUUACAAGUAUUUCUUUUUAUUACUUUUCAUCGUAUAUAUCAAUGUGAACCAGAAAGUGGCACAAUAAAUCAAAUAAAUGAAUAUGAAGUUCCAUCAUCAAGACAUAGUUUAGCUCAUAUUGCUUGUGAUCAACAAUCCUAUGUAUUUCUUGCAUAUGAAUAUCCUGCGGCAAGUCUUGAUCUGUGGCAUAUAUCAACCAUGGCUACAUGGUCACUUUUAAAGCGAUGGACACCAAGAGAAUUAUUUCCACCCGUACAAUAUAACGACGAAGAUGAAGAAGAUCAUCGUGAACACUAUGAUCAAGAAUCUGGUGUUUGUGGCAUUGCAUCAAUGCGUUAUACAAAUGGUACACUACAUUUUUUAGCUCGACAUGAACGUCAUUGGUGUCUUCAUUUCUUUACAUUAAAUAUAAAUGAAAAAUAUCAAAAACUUAUUCCACAAAGACGUAUUGACAUUGAUUUAGCACAUUUACGUUUUGCUGGUGAAAAUUUUCAAAUGGAAGUUCUACCUGGUGAACAAGGUUGGCUAUUUGCUAUUCGAAGAUCAUAUCUUGUUCAUUUGAGUUAUAAUGGAAAAGAUGCACAAAAACUAUUAUUACCAACAUCAAAACGUGGUGCAGAUUCAAUUUAUAAUGUUUGUAUAAUGGACGAGCGAGGUAAAAGACGAGAAAAUGGAAAACAUUUAGUGGUACGAGAUGCUAAUUCAAUUCGAUUCUAUAAACUUUAG